UCUUCUGAGCAGUUUACAUUCUAUUUUGCGGUUCGAUUUGUCCGUUUUCUCGAUCUUGCUUCUGUUUGGACUAUUUUAACGUAUUCUGCGGAGUAAGCUCCUUGGGAGUUCCAAAAUGAAUGAGGCCAGCUCCAAGUUUUUGUUGAACUGGAUCAAUGCAAAUGCUUCACGCGAAGAAGAGAAAAUCGAGAACAUUACGGAUCCGGAAAGUAAAAACCUGUUGCUCAAGAUUAUACAUCUAAUUGACAAGGAAACAGUCAAAGAUCUUCCAGGUGGCAGUGAUGAAUUCCAACUUGAGCAAGUAUUGUCACUGAUUAUCUCCUACCUAAAGGGAUUUCACCGCCAGGACUUUUACUCUGUUAUAAAUGAAGAUUAUCUCAGGAACAGAAAUGAACUAGAAAUAGCAAAGGUUAUUACACUGUUACUUUGUGGAGCAACACAGUGUGAUAAUGUAGCUGUAUUUGUGGAUCAGAUUACCAAAAUGGAUGUUGAAGAUCAGUUCAGUUUUAAAUUCCUGAUUGAAUCUGUGUUUACUGACAUGGAACAAGGUUGUCUCACAGCUGAAUCCUUUGCUAACAUUUUAAGCAAACAAGUGAAUUUAGUAGAAGGCCAAAAAUUAGACCUUGAUUCUGAUCACAUGCCAUCACCUUUAACUGUCCAGUCGCCAGUGGAGGCUUUUUUCACCAAUUCCCCCUUAAAAUCUCUUGUGGGGUCUCCACAGUUACGCAGCAAACAAAAUCAGUUAAUGCUGAACAAGUUGCAACAGAAAGUUACCAAGCUACAAGCCUCUUUAGACUCACAGGCUCAUUUGCAAAGCGACUUAGAGGCUGAAGUUACAGAAAAGAACAAGGAGAUUGAUGCAAGAGAUGCCACAAUCUUAAAAUUGCGCAAAGAGGUCACAAAACUACUAUCGUCAGCUGAUGAAUUGGAACUUAUGAGGCACUUUAAAGAUGAAUACGAAAAGGCUAAUAAAGAGAACGCCAGGUUGAAGCAGAAGGUGGUGGAACUGCAGACAUUCAAGCAACAGUGUGGAGAUCUUGAGCAGAGAGUUACCACUUUUAUACAAGAAAAGGAACAAUUUGAAAAAGAGAGAGAAGAAACGGAUCGUUUAAAAUCCAUUGUUGACCGCUACAAGAAUAAGAUUCAUCACAUGGAGUUUAGAACAGGCGAACUGGAGGCCACAUUGAACAGGAAAGAACAGAUGAUUGCAACGCUUCAGAAAGAUUUGGAAGAGGCGUUUAGUGCUGCAUCAAAAUCUGCUGAAAUUAGGAUGGAGAGGCAGAGGUCAAAGGCGCUUGAUGAUGAAGAACUGAGGGGGAGUGAAGACGAAUCACCAAGACGACAUGCCCCAUUGGCAGCUGUCAACAUCGACAGCAGAGUAAUUGAACUAGAACUGGAGAAAAAUCGCUUGGAGUCGCGUCUGUCUACAGCAGUUAACCAAGAAGAAUACCUGGCUUUAAAGGAGACUUUGGAGGACACCAAGAAAGUGCAGACCUCUUACAAGGAAGAGUACGUAGCCGCCAGAAGCAGGAUCCAAGAACUCGAAGAUCAGCUCACGGUCGAAGUUCAUAAAAGAGAACAAAUGGACGAACAACUCAAGAAUAUACAGGAACAUUGUUUCCGAGAGGUAGAAGAACUGAAGUCAGCUCUGUCGAGAGAACACUUGCUAAAAGCAGAACUUGCUAAAGAACUUGAUAUCAGAGAAAAGCGGCUGCAAGAGACGACUAUUGAAGUACAAGCCUUGGCGAAUUUGAAAGCAGGUUUGGAAGGCAGUCUUCAAACCAGCAAUGCCCGUGCACAUGACAACCAGUUAAAAUAUGACACAGAAAUGAGUCUAAUGAAAGAAGAGGUAGACGAACUCACCAAACAGCGGCAGCGAUUGGAGGAAGAACUGGAGAAUAGAUUACUGAAGAUUCAAGCUUUGGAAAAAGAAAGGGAUCAAGUUAGAGAAACUUACGAGAAGAUGCUAGCGGCCUUAAAAAGCGAGUUGGAUUCCAAGAUCGUUAGUAUGGCGCAAGAAAAAGCCGCGGUUGCCUCUGAGUUCCGUACGAAAACUAACCAACUCGAGGAGGAGUACGAGGAGGUGAAGGAGGCCUUCGCUAACAAACAGAAAUCCAUGUUGGAAGAAGCUGAAAGAAACGCCGCAAAAAUCCAGGAGGCUUGCGACGCAGAGCGCACAGCUUGGAAAAAGAAAUUUGAUCAACUGUCAGAGGAAGUGAUGAAUACGCGAAGCGAAAUGUUUGAAAACUCUAAGAGGCAUUCAGACGAAUUGAUCGAAGUUCGAAAGAAAGCGCGAGUAGAAGUAGAAACGCUGGACGAAGAAGUGAGGAAAGCCAGAGAAGACAACGGUCAUUUGGAGAAUCAGCUUCUGAAAUCUAAAAGCAUCGUUGCUGAGCUAGAAUUGGAAGUCAGUGGUUUCGAGACGACCAAGGAAGAAUUGGAAUUGGAGCGCAAGAAAUGUGUUGAGCUAAGAGGAAAAUGCGAGAGUUAUGUUAUUAGAGUAGAGGAGCUGGAAGCAAGUGUUGAUUUGCUAAGGAAAGAAGCAGACACCGAGAAAGAUCGAACAAGGAACGAGAUACGUCAAUUAGAAGAAGCCAAACAAACAGAGAUGAACGCUGUGCAAGAGGAGGUUGAAAGCUUGAGGAAGGAUUACAACAAAUUAGAAACAAAGAGACAACAGGAGUAUGAAGUACUCGAAAAGUUACAAAAGGAUUACAGUGAGUUGGAAAAGAAAGGGAAAGAACAAAUAGACGAGAUUAUCGAAGAGGAAAAAGAGACAAGAGAUGGCUUGAUAGUGCGCAUAGCUGAGUUGGAAGCUAAAUUUGGCGAAAAGGAUAAACAAGUUGAAGAACUUGACUUGUUGUUGAAGGAAACGCUGGCGUCGAAAGAGGAAGCAGUUAACGAGGUGAAAAAUUCUGAAGCUAAGUGGGAAGGCAAAGAGAAGAUACUACUGGCGAAGAUAGAGGAACUUAAGCGUACUUCUAAAGGAAUGAAGGAGACAGAGAAGGCGUUUGCAGAGCUGAAAGAUCACAUGCUGGAAUUACAAGCUGAGAAAAAUCAACUGGAGCAGAAAGUCGAGGAGGAAACUCAUAUCAACAGACGGCUUGGCACAGAGGUACACUCUAUGGAGGCACAGUUGGCUCAUGCCGACAAACAAAUACGAGAACUUAGACAAACUUCGGCUGAGUCCGAAAGUAUUAUAGAGUCGCUCAGAAGGAAGGCCACUGACGGGGAGAGAGCGCAAAUGUACGCUCGACAGCAGUUUUUUGAAGAGGAUAGCUCCACUGAUUCUGACGAAGGCCCACCAUUGAAGCUAGCGGAUUUUGCAAGCUCUGUUAAGGGAAGCAUGAAAGCGCCUACACUCCCGAGCAAUGCUUGUAACCAGUUAAACAAAUCUCUCAACACUCUGCACUCGGCCUCAAGUUCAAGCUUGAGGGCUGGAGUUCAGACUCGCGCCAGCCGCCGGCAGAGUGCUAUUUACAUGCGAGGUAACACCCCGCCUGAAAAGCGCACAACAAACAGUGCUGCAUACUUCAUCCUGGGAGAUGAGCUUGGACCAGAAAUGGAAGAUGCUGAAGUGGAAUAUGACUGGAACCGACUGGCCGAGCUGCAGCGUCGGAAUGCGUCGUGCCUUCCGCAUCUACAGACAUCUUACCCGGUAGAAACUCAAAUGAACCCUGACUUCUCUGUGCAAGAAGAUGUGCUUAAAACAGGAAGAAUGUCUUUGGACGCGUCACUUGCCAAAUCAUUCAACACACGCAAAAGAAAAUCGGUGGAAGGUGCGUCUAGUCUGUUUAAACCAAAGAACAGCGAAAGACCGAGUAUUGCAAAAUCUAAGUCUGCCCCCAGCAUUACUCCAGCUAAACAACCACGAUCCCAGCGUAUCGCCACGGCCAUGCAGUCGGCACUUGGAUCUCUUCGGUCCCGCUCAAACGAAAAUCUUCCCAAUGAAGCAGCUCCAGACGAAGGUUCCUCGCGAAGAGAAAGCAUCUCUUACAACAUCGAAAUAUCGCCGCCAAAGAAAACGAAGACCUCGAUUGCACGGCGUCGCACAAUUGCGCGGUCGACGGCGUCAAGUUGCCUGUUAGAUGACAGCAGCAAACGCUUCUUAAAGAAGACAAAGUCCCAGAAUCUGGUUGCAAGCACAGUUAAAGAUAGAAAGCCGCUGAGACCGCGGGACUUGAAAAGAAAUGCAAAAUAACUCUGCAGAACUUGUAAGGAGAGCAAAGAUAAUUGCACAGUUCGAAAGAGUUAAACCACAAAUCCAGUACGUGGUAAAAACAAAUAUGAAGGCUAAUUGCAUAAUAAUUUGGAGAGACGUUUGGGAGUUUUCUAAAAUUGUUCAAAGAAUUAAUGAAUUAUGUUGAGCAAUUGGAAAAUGCAUCACUUUCAAUGAACAUAUGAAAACUGUUUAGUGUACCUUGCAUAAUCUUGACAAGCACAUGUUGUAGCCAACAUACGCACUAUCUGAUUUAAAAGUAUUGUAGCUAGAUAAAAUAGCGAGGUCAGUUUUUCCUCAAGGAAAUCAAUCUGCAUGUAUUUAACUGUAGUCAUUGUAGUUAUAAUUAUUGUUUGGAAAAUCACGUUUCAUUAAGCAGGAUAACGUUGACAUUUAGCGACUGCAACACAUCUUUGAAUUUUGACGCAUUUUGAUUACUUUUAGGAAAACGAAAUUGUUAAGACACGUCGAAUCACUUGUCUUUCCGCAAGUUUUACGUAAAUGUGAGUGCCAUGUUUAGCUUUGCAUGUUCCAGAUGAGACUUAUAAUUUUAAUUUAUCGUGCAGAUAUUGCAUAAGAGGAAACUGGGUUAAUGUUUCAAAAUAAUUUAUACAGUUUUGUUUUGACGGUUUGCAAACGAGUUUUAACAGGGAUUUUUAAUGAAGUAAGGGAAAUUUUCAUACGUUAGAGCAGGAAAUCUGAUUCGUUCACAUAGUAAUACAGAUGUUUACACUUA